AAGAAAAAAAGCCGAAAGGGCCGAAGCCCAUACACUCAUUCUCCUAUCUCAUCAGCAACAUGCGGCCGCCCCCUCCCUUGCUCUCCUCUCUCUCUCGGUACAGUGGUGGCGGUGCACGGCGAGUGAGCGGGUCACCGGUAGACGGGGCUCUCAAGCCGUGGGGUAACUUGUCUCUCUCCCUCACUCCAAUUGUAAGCUUUGUGUUGUGAAAUUAUGAGGAAGUGGUGGUGAAAGUCACAAUGAUAUAUAUUCCAUACAUAAAGAUAUAUCAGAUUUAGGGAAUGGAUGUGGCACAUUUCUAUCUCGACGGCAACGCUGAUGCUGUUGAGUUUUGUCCACAUAGCCCUUAUUACCAUAUUUUGGCAACCUCAACGUACACAUUACAUGAGGGCGAUCAGCCCAGCCGAUUAGGGAGCAUUUUGCUCUUCACUGUUGACGCUGAAAAAUGUCACCUUGAGACAUCUCAUUGUGUUGAGACCGCAGGGAUCUUUGAUAUUAAAUGGAACCCUAUUGGUGGCAACCCUGGUCCUCUACUAGCUCAAGCUGAUGCAGAUGGUUUCUUGAGAAUUCAUGGUCUCUUGAGCAGUUCGGACGGAUCCCAAAGAUUUUCAUUGGGAGAGAUAAAUAGUUUAAAAGUUUGUUCUUCUAUGUGCCUUUAUUUGGACUGGAAUAGUACGGGAACAGACAUUACAGUUGGGCUUUCAGAUGGUUCAGUGGCAAUAACAUCUCUUGCGGAGUCUCAUGUUGAGUUAAAACACAAAUGGAAAGCUCAUGAUUUCGAACUGUGGACAACUUCCUUUGACAUCCACCAACCCCAUUUGGUGUACACUGGUUCUGAUGACUGCAAAUUCAGUGGCUGGGAUUUACGUGAGGGUACGUCCAAGGUGGCAUUUCAUAAUUCCAAGGCACAUAAAAUGGGUGUUUGUUGUAUUGCCAAGAGCCCCAGUGAUCCUAACACGCUACUUACUGGAAGCUAUGAUGAGAACUUGAGGCAUUGGGAUGUAAGAUCAAUUUCAAGACCAGUGAAUGAAGUUUCUCUUGGUUUAGGAGGAGGAGUUUGGAGGAUAAAGCACCACCCUUUUGUUCCAGGUUUGGUGUUGGCAGCUUGUAUGCAUAAUGGAUUUGCUAUUGUCAAUAUUAAAGGAGGUGAGUUUGAAGUAAUUGAAAGGUAUUGUAAGCAUGAGUCACUUGCAUAUGGAGCUGAUUGGCAUAGAGAAGAACCUGUCCACGGCAAAGAAAGCAAGAACUCUUUAGUCGCUACUUGCUCUUUUUAUGACCGACUUCUUAGGAUUUGGAGGCCUCAAAGUAAUUUAUAUAUAUGACAUGUUUUUCAGUACUUCUUUUGAGGUUAGUUAAGAACACAGUAACAUGCUAUGUUGUUACUUUUGGGGGUAUUUUCUGCUCUUUCCUUUUUGUGAAUUGUUUUUAAUGCCUAAACUUUGAUGUUUUGUACUGAUUAUUGUGAAAGAACGAAAUUUUGGCUUUAUAUGAAUUAAACAAUAACACCAAGCUCAGUCUUUUAGCUCUGACUUGUACCCCUGAAGAA